UUGUUCUGCAUUUUAGACGCUGAAUACAUUUCGCUUCACUUCGACGAGUGGAUUACUAUCUCCCCCACAAAUGAUGCCCCUAGUAAGAAAGCAAACGAGAUCUACAGCAUCGAGGCUCAAAUUCACCUUCUUCCCUCCUCGAAUGGGCGCGUGAUUGAACUGACUAAAAUGGCCUGGUCAAAACUUCCUGCAACCGCAAAUGCUGACACCAGCAUCGAGGAGGAUGAAGUCUGUCGUCAACUCGUAUUUCUCCAUAUUAUUACUGAUGGUAACCAGCUGCUGGUUGCCUCUUCCUCGGAUGAAACCUCAGCCAAAGAGCCUUUGCUGUCGAGACCUUCCCCUCCCGCCUGUCAUUCUUCGAGUAAGCGUACUGAGUCUGCCUGGAAUGAUACAGCUCAAGGUUAUAAUAGAUGA